AUGUCUUUCGUCCAGCGCCGCAUGUUCUCCGCCUCGGCGAGAAGCCUCUCCAAGGUCACCGUCCUCGGUGCCGCCGGUGGCAUUGGCCAGCCCCUCUCCCUGCUCAUGAAGCUCAGCCCUAGAGUCACUGAGCUCGCCCUCUACGACAUCCGCGGAGGCCCUGGCGUCGCCGCCGACAUCUCCCACGUCAACACCAAGUCCUCCGUCAAGGGCUACGACCCCACCGCCACCGGCCUCGCCAGCGCCCUCAAGGGCGCCGAGGUCGUCCUCAUCCCCGCCGGCGUCCCCCGCAAGCCCGGCAUGACCCGCGACGACCUCUUCAACACAAACGCCUCCAUCGUCCGCGACCUCGCCAAGGCCUGCGCUGAGUCGUGCCCCGACGCCAACAUCCUCGUCAUCUCCAACCCCGUCAACUCCACCGUCCCCAUCGUCUCCGAGGUCUUCAAGGCCCGCGGCGUCUACAACCCCAAGCGCCUCUUCGGCGUCACCACCCUCGACGUCGUCCGCGCCUCCCGCUUCGUCUCCGAGAUCAAGGACACCGACCCCAAGGACGAGAACAUCACCGUCGUCGGCGGCCACUCGGGCGUCACCAUCGUCCCCCUCUUCUCCCAGAGCAACCACCCCGAGCUGAGCUCCAACGCCGAGCUCGUCAACCGCGUCCAGUUCGGCGGUGACGAGGUCGUCAAGGCCAAGGACGGCGCCGGCUCCGCCACCCUCUCCAUGGCCUUCGCCGGCGCCCGCAUGGCCGAGUCCCUCCUCCGCGCCUCCCAGGGCGAGAAGGGCAUCGUCGAGCCCACCUUUGUCGACUCCCCCCUCUACAAGGACCAGGGCAUCGAGUUCUUCUCCUCCAAGGUCGAGCUCGGCCCCAACGGUGUUGAGAAGAUCCUGCCCAUCGGCAAGGUCGACGCCGUCGAGGAGAAGCUCCUCGAGGCCUGCUUCGCCGACCUCAAGAAGAACAUCGCCAAGGGUGUUGCCUUCGUCGCCCAGAACCCCCCCAAAUAA